AUGGCUUCAGAAUCUACCUCAAUCGUCUCAGAGAUCUUCGACUCAUUGCCCUAUUAUGAUGACGACCUUCAAAAAUAUCCCUACUUGAAAGAGAAAGUCGAUCAAGAAAUAGCCCGCGAACUGAAAGCUACACAAACACUUCACCCGCGCGUGCCUCCACCUGUUACAUUAUUUGCUGACAAUCCUCUUCUAAGAGCAGAACUUGAGCGUGUCGCAGCGAACAAACCAUUCCCCCAGCUAGACACUUUGCGUUAUACAUUACCAUCACCGUCAUCCACACCUGCGUCUGAUGCAGAGUGGAAAUCUGCUCUAGAUAAUGCACAUGCACAACUUCAACAUCAACGGCUGAGGCAACAAAAUCUGGCGUUGCUUCAAACUUACGGAGCCAAUGCCUAUCGAAUACAAAACUACCUGCUGGAAGCUACGGCGAAACGUACCGAAAAAGCUCUUGAAGAGCUUCAACAAUUGACCGUUGAUGUUAAUCGUGAACGCAAAAACACUCAGGAUCGACUCGGCAAGCAAAUAACUGCAUUGGAGACACGUUGGACAGAACUUAUUUCAAGUGUACUCCAAAUUGAAAUGGCAAACGUUGCUUUGGAUGCUGAGGUGGAGAGGUUGAACAAGAAAGAGGCCGAGCUUGCCGAACUCUGA